AUGGUCAGGACCCAACAAGUGGAAGUUACUCAUAGAGGUAGAAGUGACAUAGAACUAGACUCCAUAGGAUCAGACAGUCCCAUCGGAACUUUAUCUCUUUCAUCAGAAGAACAACAGGAAGAAGAAGCUGAAGAUGAAGAAGAUUAUCCAGAUGGAGGUCUAAAGGCAUACUCAGUUAUUAUAGGAUCAUUCUUAGGUUUGAUCGUCAAUUUAGGAAUAAUCAAUUCAAUCGGUGCUGUGCAGGCAUAUGUUUCCACCCAUCAAUUGGCUUUGGUGAAAGCUUCAUCAAUUUCGUGGAUUUUCUCCAUUUAUUUGUCAUUGGCUUACGCGUUAGGUUUGGUUGCUGGACCAAUCUUUGACAGAAGAGGUCCAUUAGAGUUACUCGUUGUGUCUACAGUCCUUAUCUUUGUGGGUUUAAUGCUGUCUGCAAAUAGUACAAAAGUUUAUCAAUUCAUCUUAAGUUUUGUGUGUUUGGGUCUUGGUAAUGGACUUGGAAUGACUCCAUUGAUUGGAGUUAUCAGUCACUGGUUCUUAAAGAAGAGGGGUAAUUUCACAGGAAUAGCCACUAGUGGUGGAUCUGUAGGAGGGUUGGUGUUUCCAUUAAUGUUAAGACAUAGCUAUGCAACGUAUGGGUAUGUUUGGGCCAUGAGAAUAUUGGCCUUUACAUGUUUAGGGUGCAUGUUACUUGCUCUUGCCUUAGUUAGAGGAAGAUUGAAGAGAUUUCCAGAGCAAUCAGAUGAAGAAUUCGAUUCUAAAUGGGAUAAAUUUAGAAGUAAAUUAAGUUUUUCAACUUGGAAGUUGAAUGAUAAGAAGUAUAUUUUUGUUAUCGCUGGAGCAUUCUUUGCAGAAUUAUCAUUAGUCUUACUUCUUACAUAUUUUGCUACAUAUGCAAUUGCACAAGGUGUAUCAGAAUCAACUUCACUUUUAUUAUUAACUGUAUGGAAUGGGGCUGGUAUAUUAGGUAGAUGGUUACCUGGCUAUAUAUCCGAUCAUAUUGGAAGAUUCAAUGUCAAUAUUCUUAUGUUGACGCUGUAUACGCUAUGCAUUCUUGUGAUGUGGCUACCUUUCGGUUAUAGUUUGAAAGUUUUAUUUGCAUUUUCAACUAUCGCAGGUUUCUGUCUGGGAUCGAUCUUAAGUCUUCUUCCCGCUUGUUUAUCACAAAUAACUCCUGUCAAUGAAAUUGGAUCCAAAUACGGAUUAUUAAACGCCAUUCUUAGUAUUGCCAACUUGUUUGGUGUACCAAUUGCCAGUACAAUAAUUGGAAAUGGAAGUGUUCAUCAUUAUAAUAAUUUCGUGAUCUUGGUUGCUUGUUUAGCUGUUUUAGGUACAUGCUUUUGGACUUUAAGUAGGGUUACUAUUGCUGGAGUGAAAUUGAAUGUUAAAGUGUAG